CAGCCCGGUGCCCAGAACUGUCCUGUGGCCUCUCCAGCUCAGCAUGGCUCGGGCACUGGGAGCACCAGUUGGACUGGGCUUGUUGUUGGGCCUGUGCUGGUCUCUGGCAAUUGCCCACCCUGUUCCUUCGACUAGUGCCCCUGGGAAUGGAGCUGAAGGUGGGAAUGGGAUCAAGGAGGACCCGAACGUGCUCGAUUUCUGCUCAGAUGGCUGGAGCUUUGAUGCUACCACUAUGGAUAUCAGUGGAGCCAUGCUGUUUUUUAAAGGGAAGUAUGUGUGGGAGAGUCACCACUGGGCCCGGGAGUUGAUCUCAGACAGGUGGAAGGAUUUCACCGGCUCCGUGGAUGCUGCAUUCCGCCGUGUUAAUGACAGCGUCUUCCUGAUCAAGGGGGACAAAGUCUGGGUGUACCCUCAUGAGAAUAAAGAGAAAGAAUACCCAAAGUUGCUCCAAGAAGAGUUUCCUGGAAUCCCAUCCCCCCUGGAUGCAGCUGUGGAAUGUCACCGUGGAGAAUGCCAGGAUGAGGGCAUCCUCUUCUUCCAAGGUGACCACAUAUGGUUCUGGGACUUGGCUACACGAACCAAAAAGGAGCGUUUCUGGCCAGCCGUCGGGAACUGCACCUCUGCCAUUCGGUGGCUCGGCCGCUACUACUGCUUCCGGGGUAACCAAUUCCUGCGCUUCCACCCUGUGACGGGAGAGGUGCUUCCUAGGUACCCUCUGGAUGUCCGAGACUACUUCAUACGCUGCCCUGGCAGAGGCCAUGGACACAGGAAUGGGACCAGCCAUGGGAAUGGUACCCACCAAGGCUAUGGGACUACGCGCUGUGGGCCAGAUCUAGUCUUGUCUGCACUGCUGUCUGACAACCAUGGUGCCACUUAUGCUUUCAGUGGGUCCCAUUACUGGCGUCUGGAUACCAGCCGGGAUGGGUGGCAUAGCUGGCCCAUUGUCCAUCAGUGGCCCAACGGUCCUUCAAUAGUUGAUGCUGCCUUUUCCUGGGAUAAUAAAGUCUAUCUGGUCCAGGGCACUCAGGUAUAUAUCUUCCGGACAAAGGGAGGCUAUACCCUCAUAGAUGGUUAUCCAAAGCAGCUGGAGAAGGAAUUUGGGAGCCCUAAUGGGAUCAAACUUGAGGCUGUGGAUGCAGCCUUUAUCUGUCCUGGGUCUUCUCACCUCCACGUCACGGCAGGACGGCGGCUGUGGUGGCUGGACCUGAAGUUAGGAGCUCAAGCCGUGUGGACGGAGCUUGCUUGGCCCCACGAGAAGGUUGAUGGGGCCCUGUGCAUAGAAAAAGCCCUCGGCCCCACCUCAUGUUCAGCCAGUGGUCCCAGCUUGUACCUCAUCCAUGGACCCAAUUUGUACUGCUACAGUGAUGUGGAAAAACUGACUGCAGCCAAGAUCCUUCCACAGCCCCAGAAAAUGAACAGCCUCCUGGGCUGCAGUCACUGAUGUGAGUCUGGCCCAGCCCCUCCCCCCAUUUUCCUUACAAUAAAGCUGGAAGGCUUCUUCACUUGAAUCAAA